AUGGCCGCCUUCCAGCUGCUCCUUCUGGCCUGCCUCGUGUGGGCUUUUGAGGCCAGGACGGCCCAGCUGCAGAAGGCCGAUGACCGCAGCGGCCACGGCCAGUACACCUUCAGCGUGGCCAGCCCCACCGAGCCCAGCUGCCCCGAGCAGGGCCAGGUGGCGUCCGCCAUCCGGCACCUGCAGAGAGACAGCAGCGCCCAGCGGGCCGACCUGGAGGUCGCCAAAGCCCGCCUCAGCUCCCUGGAGGGCCUCCUCCGCCGGCUGACCUCGGGCCAGGCGGCCGGGCCCUCAGACGGCCAGGAGGGGCUGCAGGGGGAGCUGGACGCCCUGAGAAGGGACAGAGAACAGCUGGAAACCCAAGUCAGGGAGCUGGAGGUGGCCUAUGGCAACCUCCUCCGCGACAAGGCAGCUCUGGAGGAAGAGAAGAGGCGGCUGGGGCAGGAGAACGACGAUCUGGCCCAGACACUAGAAAGCAGCAGCCAGGAGGUGGCCCGGCUGAGAAGGGGCCAAUGUCCCCAGGCCCACAGCUCCUCUCAGGACGCGCCACUAGGCUCCGGAGGGGAAGUUCCUAAAUGGAAUGCGGAGACCGCGAACUUCCAGGAGCUGAAGUCAGAGUUAACUGAGGUUCCUGCUUCCCGAAUCCUGAAGGAGAGUCCAUCUGGCCAUCCUGGGAAUGAGGAGGGAGACCCUGGCUGCGGAGAGCUGGUCUGGGUGGGCGAGCCGCUCACCCUGCGCAGAGCCGAGACGGCCGCGGGCAAGUACGGCGUGUGGAUGCGAGACCCGAAGCCCCGGCCCCCACACACGGCGGAGACCACGUGGAGAGUGGCCACGGUGGGCACCGACGUCCGGCAGGUGUUGGAGUAGGACCGCGCCGCCCAGUUCCUGCAGGGCCACCCCUCCAGGGUGCACGUGCUGCCGCGGCCGCUGGAGCGCACCGGCGCCGUGGUCUACGCGGGCAGCCUCUACUUCCAGGCCGCGGGGUCGGCCACGCUGGUGCGCUGCGCCCUGGCCUCCGAGACGGUGCGGGCCGAGAGGGAGCUGCCGGGCGCCGGCUUCCGCGGGCGGUUCCCGUACUCGUGGGGCGGCUACACGGACAUCGACCUGGCGGUGGACGAGACGGGGCUGUGGGUCAUCUACAGCACGCGCGCGGGGGGCGCCAUCGUCCUGUCCAAGCUGAGCCCCGAGAGCCUGGCCCCGGAGCGCACGUGGGAGACGAACAUCCGGAAGCGCGCGGUGGCCACCGCCUUCCGGUGCGGCCGCCUCUACACGGUCAGCAGCUACUCGUCGCCCGAGGCCGCCGUCAACUUCGCCUACGACCCGGCCACGGGGCGCAGCAAGGCGGUGCGCGGGCCGCUGCGGGUCCGCUCCGGGCACUGCGGCGCGCCGGACUACAACCGGGAGCGGCGCCUCUUCGCCUGGGACAGCGUCCCCAUGGUCGCCUACGACGCCCGGCUCUCCCGGGGCUGA